AUGGGUCAAGGCAACUACUCCUACCUUGGAUACCGCGUGUCCAAGGGCGUGUCGGGCUACACCGGGUACAUUCCGUCCGAGGAAAACUUGUUGAUCCCCGUCAGCACGAGCAAGUACAUCGGCAAGGAACCGGGGGCGAAGCACUUGAAAGCGCUCGCGGCCGAAUUCACCUCGGACCAAAUCCCGAAGACGCUGUACGACACGCAACUCACCCGCGCGGACGCCAGCGCGUACAAGGUCCCGGACAAGACCGGCGGCGGGUACUGGAUCGGCGACCAGAGCAAAAACAAGGCGGCCAAGUCCGCGGACGCGCGGUUCAUCGCGAAGACGUCGUACAGCUACGAGUACAAGACGCCCUCGGACGCGGCGUCCUCGGAGGAGAGCGACGGCGAACGCUCGAACGACGAGAACGACGAGUCCGUCCUCGCGGCGGAGAAGACCGCGAGGACGACGGCGUUCGCGAAGUCGUUCGACGCGCCGCGCGCGGUGAGCGGUCCGUGGGACUUCGCGCGGGCGGAACGACGCGUCAUCGAGCCGAAGUUUGAGGCGACGACGGUGUACGAUCAAAAUUUCGGCAAGUACGGCUCGGAUCCUUCCGUGAAGGCGAAGGCGAGGGUGAACGUGCCCAGCACCGGCGAGUUCGGCCUCGGGACGACGCGAUCGACGAGACACGUCCCCGGAUACAGCGGGUUCAUCAACGUCGCGCCGUAUAAUAAGAAAGCGAUGGCGCAGAGCGACGGCGUUUUCACGCGCGCGUCGGAGAAGAACGCGAUGUUGCCCUACGACCUCGACCAGUACGGCCGCGACCGCAUGCCCGGGAUGUCGCACUGGCGCCCGCAGCACCCGUCGAACAUCAAGCCUCACCCGCCGCCGUGUACGAAGACGACGACCGGGUGGACGAAUCACAUGACCGGCAGUUAUCCGAUCAAGAACGAGAAGCGGCACAAGCUCGCGGAGGACGCGGGAGUGAUGGGGUUCUUCACCCCGGGGGUGGAGACCGUGAGCGACAACGGGAAGACGAACGCGCAGCAGUUUUACAAACACGUCCGGCCGUUCGAGGGGUGCGUCGCGGUGAAGUAUCCGUCGAAGACGACGCAUUACGGCACGAGGUUCAAGCAGUGA